CAGAAAUAGGCCGAGGAGCAUCGCAAGAGAUGUAUGCGAGCGGCGGUGUGGGGUUGGGGGUGAACAUUAAAUAACUACCAGCUGACUGAACAGCUUUACCAGUAAUGGCUAAAAAGCCAUUGGUUCCACCUGCUGCAGUGAAGUCUGUGACGUCUUUAGACGCUCAACGAAAAAAGAAGAAAGUCAAGAAAAAGGCCUCGGGUUCAAAAGCAACAAAGGCUUUGAAAGAUAAGAAAUCGGCGACUCGACCGGCGGCGACCGGCGCGCCCUCUGCGUCGCCCGCGGAGGACAGCGGCGCCGCGGCCGCGGCCGCCCUCCGCUGGAUGCUCGCACCCACCGAGACGCGGCCCUUCUUCGACACGUUCUGGGAGCGCAAGCCGCUGCUGGUGCAGCGCGCCGCCGCCGACUACUACGCCGCGGUGUUCUCCACGGCCGAGCUGGACCGCAUCCUCCGACACGACAACCUCCAGUUUGGCCGCAACCUGGAUGUGACGUCGUACAGCGAGGGUGUGCGCGAGACGCACAACCCGAGCGGCCGGGCGCACGCGGCCGUCGUCUGGGACUACUACCGCAACGGCUGCUCGGUGCGCCUGCUCAACCCGCAGACCUACAGCGGCGCCGUCUGGCGGCUGUGCGCCGCGCUGCAGGAGUACUUCGGCUGCAUGGUCGGCGCCAACGUGUACCUGACGCCGCCAGGAACGCAGGGGUUCGCCCCCCACUACGACGACAUCGAGGCCUUCAUACUGCAGCUGGAGGGCAAGAAACACUGGCGCAUCUACGAGCCCAGACCGGGCGAGGAGCUGGCGCGGGACUCGUCUGGCAACUUCCGUCCGGAGGAGGUGACGUCACCGCCGGCGCUGGAGGUGACGCUCGAGGCCGGUGACCUGCUGUACUUCCCGCGCGGUACCAUCCACCAGGGCCGCUCGCUGCCCGACCAGCACAGCCUGCACAUCACCGUCUCCUGCUACCAGCACCUGGCCUGGUCCGACCUGCUCGAAAAGAUGGUGCCGGUGGCGCUGCAGCGAGCCAUAGCCGAGGACGUAGACUUCCGGCGCGGUCUGCCGGUCGGCUUCCUGGGGCACGCCGGCCUCGUCAACGACGAGAGUAGCUCCAGCCAGCGGGUGGCGCUGCUGGAGACGGCCCGCCGGCUGGUGACCCGACUGGCCCUGGGCCGCCAGUAUCUGCACGACGCCCUGCCGCCGGCGCUCUCCAAAGACGAGAGAUGUCGCUCCGUGCACGAGGACGGCGAGCGGUGGGUGGAUGGCCAGGUGAAGGGCCACGCCACCAUGGACGAGGAUACGGAGAUCAAGCUGAUCCGGGGCAACGUCGUACGGCUGGUGAAUGAGGACGGCGAGCUGCGGCUGUACCACUGCCUGGAGAACUCGCGCCUCUACCGCGAGCAGCCCGAGCAGUUCCUCGAGCUGGAGGACGAGGCGCAGGCGGAGGCGGUGGCGGCGCUCGUGCACGCGUACCCCCGCUACACGGCCGUCGGACGGCUGCCCGGCGAUGCCGCUGAGGCCAAGGUGGCGUUCGCGGCCAGCCUCUGGGAGAAGGGCCUGGUGGUGACACGGGAGCCCAUCCCGGACGUGGCCGAUGACGGCGACUCGUGAGAGGCGCCCCGCCGGACCGCGGGCUGAUGGAGUGGUGGACCGGUGGACCCCCGGACCCCCGGUGACCGCGGGAUCGCGGACUGGUGGACCGGUGGACUGGUGGACCGGCGGACCGCUGGACCGCUGGACCGCUGGACUCUCGGGCUGGUAGACCGGUAGACCGGUGGACCGGUAGACCGCGGACUGGUGGACUGGUGGACCGGCGGACCGCUGGACCGCUGGACCGCUGGACCGGUGAACCGCGGACUGGUGUACCGGUAGACCGAUAGACCAGGUGGACCGGUGGACCGCUGGACCGGCGGACCGGUGGACUGGUGGUCCGCCGGGUCCGCUCUGAACUCUGUGCUGUGUCGCAACAGGCGGAAGCUCGCCUGCUAGUACGGCGUGUUCAUUCUGUGUUGGUUUGGUCAUGAUUACUGAAAAUACAAUGCGGGCGCCGA